AUGGCGGAACAAAUUCACAGUCUAUGGGGGCAUUUGCCGCUGCUGGUGAGAGCCAAUUCCAAGGAACCCGUUGAAUACAUACUUCAAGCCCUUUGGCGAACCCGCCACACAGGACUUGACGCCGCCGACCGCCAAAUCUUCCGCGAAAUCCUCCAACUCCCCAAUGAUUCCGACAUCGAUCCUCUUUUGGUAUGCCUUAGGGUAUUGAUCCGAAGAUGCGUUUAUGAGAAUGUUAGCAAGGAUGAGAUGCACAAACUCUUUCCUGCUGAAGUCCUGCCUGAACUACAAAGAUUAUUGACGCUUUUAUUGCAAAAAUUCCAGAAGGAAUGGCGUGAGGAUAUAUCAAAGGAUCAGGUCAAUCUGCCCAGCUUAAAGGCAAUGACAUGGAGCAUGGUAAAUCAAGAAACGGAAUUAACAGACCCAUCAGCAGUUAUCAAUUUGAAGCUUCAAAGCAAUACCCAGCCCAACUCAGGAGAAAGGGACGUGAAGUUCCAGUUGGCGAAGGAUACUCUGGAAACGAUGUUGAGUUCCAUGUAUAGUAUUAGGGACCAGUUGACUGAUCCUAGCGAAACAUCUGAGAGAGAUGCGAUUCAGAAUACAAAUGCUGCAUAG